AAAACAACACACCAAAUAUUGGAGAGGUAUUUAACAAGUUUUGAUAUUGAGCUCUACACCUUCCCUGCGGACAGCUUGAGGAAUCGUGAAUUUCAUUGUAAGAGCUUAGAUUCUAACCAGGGCCACCAUAGUGCAGCCAGGUUGAGCCUAAACCACAAUCGAGGCUGUAGUCAGGGGAGUAGAUGAUUAUUUUGAUUUCAAACAAUGUGGUUCCUGGUUUAUACCUAGUACCACACAAGGAAAUAAAAGCAAAUUACCUAAGGAGACAUGCAUAGAGCAUUCUUGGGAAGUUGACAACAGAAUGUCACUUCCUGUCGGGUUGCAUCAGUUGCUAAAAAAAGAGAGAAAAAAUUCGCAGAACUGGCACGCAGACAGGAUCCCUUAUAAACACUUUCGACAGCGACAGUCAAGUUCAGAUGUGUGCAUGCCAAGCUCAGUGUUGGUUAACUUUUUUUUUCUGGAGCGACAUGAUGAUGGAGAUCACCACAAUGCAAAGAUUUUUUUUCUUCUUCCACUAUCUUGUCCUGACGGCUGUGACUCAGCCCUUAGUGCCCCAAGCAGAAGUGCUGCGAAAGCAGAUAUGCGACAUUUGCAUGUGCUCGAAUGAGACCGGUGUUACCACGGCAAACUGCAGAAACAGUAACCUAAACGAGUUGGAGUUAGAAUCUGCUGUCUACGGAGACAUUCAUACUCUGAAUCUCAGCCACUUGAAUUUGAGACGAGUUCCGAUGGUAAGGGCACCUGAGCUCUCUGUUCUGGAUUUGUCUAAUAAUCAGAUCUCUGACUUCAGCAGGUCAGAUUCUGAUGUUGAACCUUUGCUCGAGGACACACCCAGUCUCAUCACAAACGGACCCUUUGAAAAUUUGGGAGGUCUGCGUGACUUGGACGUAAGCUUCAACCGACUGUCCAACCUCACAAGAGAGAUGCUGACUGAUCUUGGAAAUCUGGAAACUCUUAAUAUCUCCCACAACGAAAUCAGAACGACAGAUGCCGACGCCUUUGCCGACUUGACCAAACUGGUAACACUGCGGUUGAACCACAACCUGUUGACGGAGGUUCCCAGUGCCAUCUCCAACGAAAACUUCAGGCAGACACUUGAAGACCUCAGUCUAUCAGCAAAUCCCAUCCGGGCACUGCGGCGGGAUGCCUUUAGCCGACUUAUUUACCUGCACGUCUUGGACCUGAGUAGGAUGGAGCUGGACUCGGUCCACCCAAAUGCGUUCCAGGGUGUGACCGCAGGCCUCCAAGAGCUUUACCUCCACACCAAUAGACUCCAGACCUUGUCUGCUCAAACCAUUCAGGGAUUGGAUGACCUGACUAUGCUCUCACUGCACGAGAACCCUUGGGUUUGCAACUGCACUCUGACCAAGCUCACCAGGUACUUAGAGACCCGGCGGAAUAACAUUAACGUCCUCCAGUUGGACUCCACCUACUGCACUUCUGAUGAUGGCUCCAAGACUUACUUCACCAGCCAAGAGAUUGAUGCGUUCUGCGAAUCCUUCCCUCUCGAAAAAGUCAUACCCGCAGCAAUUGGCGCUGUCAUUCUGAUCAUUGCUACAGCAAUAAUUGCAACUUGCUGCUGCAAAAAGAGACGCCAACUCUCUGUGCAGCAGAUGUCGCCAGACCACACCAACAGAUCAACAAUCAAUAUGGAGACUUCGAUCCGACAAUCAUACUUCCAGAGAUCAACGUUGUCGCCAGACGACAACCUCAGCAGCUUAGAAGCAUCCACCCGCAGCGAGCACAUCUACUGCAGCAUCAAGAGCCAGCAGCCCCUUGUCUACACAUAUGCUGAUGCUAGGAAGCCAGAAAACAAUCUACACUCUGCUGAUGGCGUUGAGUACCAGAAUGCAGUGUGUCCAAAGAAUGAAAAGCAUCCACAGUCUCCUAAAUCGGACGAUGGAUACUUGGUGCCAUCCUUUAAGCAGUCACCUACAUCUUAAAGACAUAUCAUUUAUUUGGAUUUAUCAUAAUAAUAAUGUGCUUAUUAUAGCGCUUUAAUACCAACGGUCUCAAAGUGCUUAACAAUUAUUACCCCUGUUCAUCAGGUCAUGAGACCAGUGUUUGCAGCAGCUCGAGAUCAGCAUAUUCUAGUCUCAACCUUCACAGGUACCUAUUUAUUCUCCUGGGUGGAGAGAGGCAAUUGUAGUAAAGUUUUUUGCCCAAGAACACAAGCGCCAUGUUCCCCGUCGGGGUUGAAGCCAGGUACCACGUCACGUGAGUCGAACCAUGGUUCCAUGUUCAUGCCGGCCAGCUAGACUGGUUCCCUUACCUUACCAUUUUCCGGCAUUUUUGAUCC